UUAUUUUGUUUAUUUUUCAAGUCAGGCACUGUCGCGACGUUGAAUCCGUCGUGACGGGAAAGCUGAGUCGAGGACACACUGGAAUUUGCCCGUUGGCGUUUGCUUGCUCAACUCGCAGCAGCCGACCCUCAGCCAGUCGCUUUGUCAGUCACCAGCAGAAUGCCGACAACGACGACUGCGAUUCCCAAUAACGCGAACCCGAGAGCACAUCGCGAAAGUGGAGGCGUGAUCGGCAGCAGCGGAUCUCCGGUCGUCAUGUCUGCCGACGGAUCCCUGAUGCUGCACUCGCCCAUCAGCACUUGCGCUUUCGAGGCUAGGGCACCCGCCGCGAUUCCCGACGCGAGUCGGCGAGCGCUUUUCGGCAUGAAGAAAUCUUACAGCAUCGAGAAUGGGUAUCCAUCAAGGCGAAGGUCUUUGGUCGACGAUGCCAAGUUCGAGACACUCGUUAACAAAGAGACGAAGGAGAAUUUUCUCUCUGAUUUCAUUGAAACUCCUGUUGAAGAGGGCGUUGAAGACGAGAUUUUUCUGGCGAAAGGGAACAGUUCGAUUCAAGCUGCGGCUUCCAGGGCAUUACUGACAGCCACUUCUACUGCUUUGAGCCACAGCAAUGUUUUCGCAUCUGAAUCCAUCGAAGUCGUCGAGGAAGAAUCUGCCGAAUUUACUGAAACACCUGAGCCAGACGUCAUCGGAUCAGCAAUCGAACCCGAGCCGGACGAUCACGGCAAUGCAAGCUUGCUGAUCGAAUUGACGGGCGGCCUGGCUGCAACUACGAAAAUCUUGUCGGCGAUUGAAAGCUGUCAUGGAACUGUCAGUCAUUUGGAGACCAGGAAGAACCCCUUCAGAAAAUCGGUUGCUUCAGAAAAUUUGCAAAAACCAAGCGCGGACAUACUGAUUGACUUGAACAUCUCCACUGAAUCUUUGCUGAACUUGCUGAAACUUUUGAGACAUAGCUCAGAAGUUGCGAAAGUAGUCUUGCUCUCCGAAAAACUGGUGGGAUUCAAAGGCAUGGGAGAACCGAUUCCAAGGAUCGAAUACACGCAGAGUGAAAUCGGGGUUUGGGGAAAGGUGUUUCGCAAGAUUGAAAAAUUGAUGCCAACACACUCAUGUCGUCAAUACAAAGAAAUUAUGGAAUGUCUGAAAAAGGAGUGCGGCUAUUCUCCUGAUAAAAUCCCACAGUUACAGGAUGUGUCCGCCUUCCUGCAAAAAAGGUCGGGUUUCAAACUGAGACCGGCAGCUGGUCUUCUCACGGCUCGAGACUUCUUGGCUAGUCUCGCGCACAGAGUUUUCCAGUGCACGCAGUACAUCAGGCAUCCAUCGGAGCCCGAUCACUCUCCCGAACCGGACUGCGUGCAUGAAUUGCUGGGACACGUGCCGAUGCUCGCUGAUCCUGCGUUCGCACAGUUCUCGCAAGAACUGGGGCUAGCUUCGCUCGGAGCGAAGGACGAUGAAAUUGAAAGAUUUGCAACGUUGUACUGGUUCACGGUGGAAUUUGGACUUUGCAAAGAGGGCUCCGAAAUAAAAGCUUUCGGAGCAGGGCUUUUGAGCAGCUACGGCGAGUUGGAGCACAGCUUGAGCGACAAACCAGCCAAACUGCCAUUCGACCCAGACGUAACCAGCAUUCAACCAUACCAAGACCAGGAUUUCCAAGACACUUACUUCGUCGCCGAAAGCAUCGAAGACGUGCAAGAAAAAUUCAUGAGAUGGACAGCUACGGCUCUAUCGCGGAAUUACGAAGUCAGCUACGACGCUUUCACAGACACAGUGGUUGUUCUCGACGGCCUUGAGAACCUGGAAAAGUUGAUGAAAACGGUGAAGACCGACGUUGCAAGACUCAACAGCGCCAUUCAUAAGUUGAAUUUUAAGGCCUGCGCGGGCCCCUAAGCAUCGGCAUUCUAGCAUUCCGCAAUCCUUUUAGCAUCGGUAUGAUGCACCCAUUUUGAACCGCGGAAAUCCUACCUUUCUUGUGUAUAUAAUAAUGACUAUACAUGGAAUGGAAUCAUGCAAGUGUCAAUGGAAGGAUAAACAUGCUAGAUGUCGCUUUUCAUUUCCCCUCCAUAUUUGAAAAAUGUAUGCGGUAGUCCUGCCCUGAAUAUGUUUUGUUAGGAAGUGUAUUUCUGCUAUCCGUAUUUUUGUUUAUUGAUUUGAUGUACUUAUUAUUUCCACCAGAAUAUGUUGGAACUUGUAAGAAGACCAUAACGCUGUUCCGGAUUUUUUUCUGAAAAUUGUAUGGAAUAUAUAUAUAUAGCUGUAUUGAAUGUGAAUAAAUAUAAGCGCUUAGCUUUUCAAAGUGA